AUGGCCUUACUCAUGCUUAUUUUUAAGAGGCUAAAUAUACCUAUUGCUAAGCAAAAAACAGAGGGUCAAGUCACCACUAUCACCUUCCUUGGCAUCACUCUAGAUUCCCUCAGGAUGGAAGCAAGGCUACCUACCGACAAGAUUUCCAGAAUUGUAUCUUUCAUCGAUGAAUUCCUUCAAAAGAAAUCUUGUACCAAAAGGGAGCUCCUACAAAUAUUUGGCCAUCUCAGUUUCGCAAGCAGAGUCAUAGCUCCAGGGCGCUCCUUCGUGUCACAUCUCAUUACCCUGUCCACAUCAGUUAAACAGCUCCAUUUUCAUAUCACCUUGAACAAAUGCUCCAGAGACGACAUGAAAAUGUGGCUUUUCUUCCUCAAACAAUGGAAUGGUAUCUCCAUGUUCUAUAACCAAAUUGAGGUCAGUUCCGAUGCCCUGCAACUCUACACAGAUGCUUCAGGAUCUCUCGGGUACGGAGGCUUCUUCCAAGGACAAUGGUUUUCAGAAUCCUGGCCUUUUCCUCUGCAACGUACAUGUAAAGAUAGUGAUGAAGUCUCCAUAGCGUUCCGCGAACUCUACCCUAUUGUCGUGGCCGCUCUGCUGUGGGGUCACUUGUGGAAAAAACAACGCAUUGUAUUCUCUUGCGAUAAUCAAACGACUGUGGCAAUCAUCAAUAAGGAUCGCUCCAAAUGCCCUAAGAUCAUGACACUCGUUCGCCGUCUAAUAUUAUGUGCAGCUGUUAACAACUUUGUUUUUAAAAGCAAAUACCUUGAAGGUAAAAAAAAAUUUAUUGCCGAUUGUCUGUCUCGUUUACAGAUCCCAAAGUUCCAACAGCUGGUUCCAGAUGCCAGGAAAACACCUUGCACUGUUCCAGGAUACCAGGAGGUCCUCAAAGACUUGACAAUAUUGUAG